AUGAGCAAUCUCCAACUCCCCCCCCGUCUUCCCGUUCCUCAGGAUGAUGGCGCCUGCGACCAUCUGUCCGCUCACCCCGCCUUGUCGUCCGUUUCUUUGGCUAGUACCAAUCAAUCUAAUGUCGACCUAUCCGCCCUAGCCGGGUUGACUCUCGUCUUCUGCUAUCCCCGUACCGCCCAAGCGAACGAAGAGAUCCCCGAUUCUUGGAACAACAUCCCAGGAGCUCGAGGCUGCACACCCCAGGCGUGCUCCUUUCGGGAUAAUUUACCAGAGUUGAAGAGACUAGGCGUGAAUAAUCUCUUUGGACUCAGCACCCAGCCGACCAAUGAACAGGCAGAGGUACAUGAGCGGUUGCACCUCGCAUACCCACUGCUUAGUGAUUCCCAUUUGGAAUUCGUGCGGAGUCUAUCAUUGCCUGUGUUUGAUUGGAACGGAAUGACAUUGGUAAAACGCAUAACGCUGGCCAUCCGGGACGGCAAAGUCAUCCACCAUUGGUACCCGAUCUUCCCUUCACAUAAGAAUGUGGAUUUCGUUUUGGACUGGCUGCGAGAGAAUCCCAUCGCCGGGAAGAUAUAG